AUGGCCAACAUGUUCCUCGCCAAGUCCCUGCUUCUCUCAUCCUUAGUGUUGGGAGUCCAGUUACAUCUGCACCAGCCUCAGCGGUUCCUGGUUGUGGAAGCUGGUAGGACAGCAGAGAUCCACUGCUCCUCCAGCGAGGAUUUGCAAGGGAGACAUUAUGUGCAGUGGUAUCUGAGAAGGGCUGGCGAGGCUCCAAAGCACAUUAUGGCGUGUGGAGAUACUAAAAAUGUGAACAAAUAUGAUUGCAAGUACAAGAGUCACAGCACAACUCUGGAAAUCAGGAGCAUCCAAAGGAAGGAGUCUGGCAUAUAUUACUGUGCAUAUGAACAGCCCACCUACUUGACUUUUGGAAAUGGAACCACGGUGAUCGUAGGAGACAGCUUCACCAACAGCAGUUCCGUGCUGCUCCUGGGCCCUGUUGCAGGGGAGAACGGAGCCACGGAGCCUGCACAUCUGGCCUGUGUGAUCCGGGGCGUCUCCAACCUCGUCCAGGUGUCCUGGCACGUUCUAGGAGAGGAGCCAGCCCAGAGACUGCAGCGCACACUGGAAGCCAGUGAUGGGUCCUUAACACUCAUCCAUGGCAUCAGCAUCCCCUGGGCCAGCUGGGCCCGUGGGGCAGCCAUCACCUGUGAGGUCACAUUCAACUCGUCUGGCAGCAGUGUUACCAGACAUGCCGUGUAUUCUGCACCUCCCUCCACAUCCUGCGUCAUGUUCUCUGUCGUGGCAGUGGGCAGUGCCCUGCUGCUGUUCACGGUGCCCCUGAGUCUCAUCUGGAUCUGCUGCCCUCCCAGAUGGGGAUCCUGGUCCAGGAAGCCAGUACCUCGCAUCUCCCAGCAGAAUCAGGACGGACUCAUAUACGCAGACUUAGAGCUUAAGCCACCGACAUGCCGCAAGCCCAGAAAGCAGCAGGCAGCAAGAGGGAAGAAAAUGACACCAUGA